UAUGACCCCCUCGUCUUGUACAAUUUCCUUUCUAUAACUCUUGACCCAAAUCAUCCUCCACCCGUUUUUAGUUUUUACUCCAUUUUGAUUUUAUCCCAUUUUCCCUAGUACAUUAUUUCCUACUCCUGAGCCCCCACUUUCCUCACCUUCUACAGAUUGCAGGUUUUGCAGCUAAUUUAACCCACAAUUUUAUUUUAUUUUUUACCCACAAAAUAAAUUACAUAAACCUUGUUGUAUAUCGAUUAUACGCCUACGGCCUACUUUUCCUAAUUUCGGGUUGUUCUAAACAAAUGUGUGAAUAUAGUUCACCAAAUAGUGUGUUAAAUUACCCAGAAAGGAUUUGCCUUUUCUUCGACUGCCUCGGUGGGAGGAAGCAAUUUCGUAUCCCAAAUCAAAAUCCAACGCCUUUAUUACAAAUUCCAAUUUGCAAAUUGGACAUUCAAUCUCUCACACUCACACGUCCCCCUAGUGCUACUACUUUUUACUUGCCCUCUAUUCUUUUCAAACCCCGACCUCUAAAAACUUUUUCUCUUUUCCGAGUAGUUGACAACUCUCUCUCUUCUCCCCUUUCUCUCUGUCUCAACCUUUCUUUCUCAUGCAGCAGGAGCAGAGGGACUCUGCUCAAACUCCGAGCCCAAUUCAAAUCCUGACUCGCUAAACAAUUUUGAUCGUCUCUCUUUUCAGGCGACAUAUUUUCUUCACCAAAAAAAAAAAGAAAGAAAGAUUAUCAUGGCCGCUCCUCCAAAACACUUGCACGAGCUUCUCCAACAAGAUCAGGAGCCUUUCCAAUUAAAGAAUUACAUCAACGACAGGCGUUCUCAGCUCAAAAGACCAACUCCCACAACUACUACUAAUUACAUUCAUCCCAACACGACUUCAUCAUCUUCUGCAAUACAAAUCAAGAAGCGCAACCCUGUCUCCUUGACUAAUACUAAUAAUUCCACCAUCUCUAAACGGAGUCUCUGCAAACAUGCUUGCUUCUUCUCCUUCAACGAUUCACCGGACGUAAGAAAAUCACCUUUUCCUGAUUUCCGUUCUCCGGCCAAGAGCCCUUGUAGUACUAGUACUAGUAGUGGUAGGACUAAAAAUGGUACGGUUUACCUCCACGUUCCGGCCCGGACGGCUGCUUUACUUCUCGAAGCCGCAAUGAGGAUUCAGAAACAGCAAUCUUCUCCCUCCUCUUCGUCUAUUUUGAAACCCAAAUCACAGAACAAGAACAUGGGUUUUGGAUUGUUUUCUUCCAUUAUUAAGAAGCUUAAAGAUCGGAGCCGGAACAGAAAGUGCGGAAUUCAGGGCACCGAAUCCGAAAUUCCGGCAAAGCUCGAGGUAGAAAAUGUGGCUGGGGCGAGUUCGAGCGAGGAGGUCUGUUCUUGUUCUUACCAUAACAGUAGGCUAAGCAGUGCCGGGUGGUCGGAAAGCAACGAAGAGAAAUCGUUGGAUAUGGAAACUUCUACCAGUAGCUAUAGGUCACCGGAUUACGAGGGAAUGGAUUUUGGAGCCCAACACAGUGCCGGGAUAUUGAGUUGUUCAUCUUGUGAAAGUCAGUUUUGUUCUAGUCCAUUAAGUCCGUUUAGAUUUUCCCUCCAGAAAAGCCCGUCUUCCGGUGGCCGUCGCACGCCUGAUUUCUCCCCGCCGGCAGCAUCUCCGAGUCGCCGCAGGAAUGAGGGAAAGAAGAAAUUAUACGAAGGAAAUGGUUUUGCAGAGGAAUCUAAACAAGUGGAACCGGAAGAGGAAGAAGAGAAGGAGCAGUGCAGUCCAGUAUCAGUAUUAGAUCCUCCAUUCGAAGACGAGGAUGAUGGACAUGAAGAAGAGGAUGAGGAGGACGAAGAUGAAGAUUACGACGAUGAUCUGGAAUGCAGUUUUGCAUUUGUACAGAGAGCGAAGGAGCAGCUCUUGCACAAGCUUCGUCGAUUUGAGAAACUCGCGGAGCUUGAUCCGAUUGAACUUGAGAAAAGAAUGAUGGAACAACUGGAUGGGGACGACGAGAAUGAAAGCGAAGAUAAUGUUGAAGAAGAGAAGUGCGCCGCGGAUAACGAAUUCCCAUCGCCAUCAAUGCAAAGAGGUAGCAGCAGUAACAGCUAUCUCGACUCAUUUGUGAAUGAAGUGUGCAUCAAAUCAAGCCUCCAGAGCCGUAGGAAACUUCCAACAGAUAUGAAGAGGCUAGUUUCAGACUUGAUCUCGGAAGAGAAUCGUGAGGUUCGGUUCCUGGACAACAAGGAAAUGGUGGUUGGCAGAGUUUGCAAGAAGCUGGAUUCCUGGAAAGAAGUGGAAUCUAACACAAUAGACAUGAUGGUGGAAUUGGAUUUCAGAACUGAAAUGAAUGAGUGGAAGAAAUUCCAAGAACAAAGGGACGAAAUUGCAGUUGGAAUCGAGUUUGCCAUAUUUGGUGAACUGCUGGACCAAUUAUCAGAAGAGCUACUACUAUUAUAAUCAUCAAGUCAUGCCCCCUCUUGAAUUUCUGAGCUGUUUAUUUUUAACUUUGAGGAAUAGAAUUACCCAUCUAACUUGUAUCAUGUACAUUUUUUUAGUAGUAUUACUCAAUGGAGAUAUUUAUUAAUUUACAUAAUGCAAUGAUCCACAUCUUUAUCCUGAUCAACACAUUAUGGCCAAAUUUAAAAACUAUGCUAAAGAAAAAGCAAGUAUUCUUUCUGCU